UUCCCCCGUCGAAAGUCAAAUCCAACACAUUAUUUCUGUAUGCGGUUUCUGCCCAAGAACGACAAAGUGGGCUUGGUGACAUGGAAACUACGAUAAGCUACAGGGCAGUGGAUCCCGCCCAAAAUUUUGAAUUCUUCUAAAGCACGAUUGGACCACGUGGCCACACCUGCGGAUUCGACCGUUGCAAAGUGCUUAUUCAAGCCUUUGCCCCCUUCCUUCUUUGCCGUCCGCUUCAAUCUCUCUCUGUCUCUGUCUCUCUCUCUCUCUCUCUCUCUCUCUCUCUCUCUCGUCCCCUCCUUCCAUGGCGAUUCCUGCCGAGAAUCAACAACAACAACAGGAGAAGGUUUCUUCAGAGGUUUCAGCGGCAGAGAAAAAAAGAUGGACUCUCAAUGACUUCGACAUUGGAAAGCCUCUAGGACGAGGGAAGUUUGGUCAUGUCUAUCUAGCCAGAGAAAAAAGAAGCAAUCACAUUGUGGCACUAAAGGUCCUCUUUAAGAGCCAAUUGCAGCAGUCUCAAGUUGAGCAUCAACUUCGACGGGAAGUGGAAAUACAAAGUCAUCUUCGACACCCUAAUAUUUUACGCCUCUAUGGAUAUUUUUAUGAUCAGAAACGAGUUUAUCUGAUAUUAGAAUACGCAGCCAAAGGUGAACUCUACAAAGAACUGCAGAAGUGUAAAUACUUUAGUGAAAGGCGUGCUGCUACUUACGUUGCAUCAUUGGCCCGGGCUCUCAUAUAUUGCCAUGGAAAGCAUGUAAUUCACAGAGAUAUUAAACCAGAGAACCUUUUAAUUGGUGCACAGGGGGAAAUCAAGAUAGCAGAUUUUGGAUGGUCAGUGCACACAUUUAACCGCAGACGCACCAUGUGCGGUACACUGGAUUACUUGCCUCCUGAGAUGGUGGAGAGUGUUGAGCAUGAUGCUAAUGUGGACAUCUGGAGCCUCGGUGUUCUAUGCUAUGAGUUUCUCUAUGGGGUCCCUCCUUUUGAGGCUAAAGAACAUUCAGACACUUAUAGAAGGAUUGUGCAAGUAGAUCUGAAGUUCCCUCCUAAGCCAAUAGUCUCUUCUGCUGCAAAGGACCUUAUUAGUCAGAUGCUUGUGAAAGAUUCGUCACAGCGCCUGCCCCUUCACAAGCUUCUCGAGCAUCCGUGGAUUGUCCAAAAUGCUGAGCCGUCUGGCAUAUACAAGGCCUGAUCUGUAUUUCAGAUAUCCCCUAUUUCCUUGUUUAGGAGAUAAUUGAUAGCAGGUUUCUCCUGGUUUUACAAUAUUGAAUUUGUGAUAUAUCGAUUCCUUGCUUUGAAGAGUGUGAAAAUAAUUGUUAGAGGACUCCUUGUUCAACAAUAAAACAGUUUCAUGUAUGAAUUUAUAAUUAGUUUAGUUUAUUA